GCAAGGCCGAGAUGGCGACAGUGGCUUGGCUUCUGGGACGGCGUGCGGCGAGUUGGAGUCUGCGGUCGCCGCGGGCGCAGCUCGCUAGCCACGUGUCCCAGCGGGCCCACUCCCUCUUGCCCGUGGACGAUGCGAUCAACGGGCUAAGCGAGGAGCAGAAGCAGCUUCGUCAGGCCAUGGCUAAGUUUCUUCAGGAGCAUCUAGCCCCCCAGGCCCAGGAGAUUGAUCAUAUCAAUGAGUUCAAGAAUCUUCGAGAGUUUUGGAAGCAGCUGGGAAACCUGGGGGUCUUGGGUAUCACCGCCCCUGUUCAGUAUGGCGGCUCUGGCCUGGGCUACCUGGAACAAGUGCUGGUGAUGGAAGAGAUAUCCCGAGCGUCUGGAGCAGUGGGGCUCAGUUACGGGGCCCACUCCAACCUGUGCCUCAACCAAAUUGUGCGCAAUGGAAAUGAGGCCCAGAAGGAGAAGUACCUCCCCAAGCUGAUCAGCGGUGAAUACAUCGGAGCCUUGGCCAUGAGUGAGCCCAAUGCUGGCUCUGAUGUUGUCUCCAUGAAGCUAAAAGCAGAAAAGAAAGGUAAUCACUACAUCCUGAAUGGGAACAAGUUCUGGAUCACCAAUGGCCCUGAUGCUGACAUCGUCAUUAUCUACGCCAAGACAGAUCCCACUGCUGUGCCAGCCUCUCGGGGCAUCACAGCCUUUAUUGUGGAAAAGGGUAUGCCUGGCUUCAGCACCUCCAAGAAGCUGGACAAGCUGGGGAUGAGGGGAUCCAACACCUGUGAGCUAAUCUUUGAAGACUGCGAGGUUCCUGCUGCCAACAUCCUGGGCCAUCUAAGUAAGGGCGUCUACGUGCUGAUGAGUGGGCUGGACCUGGAGCGGCUGGUGCUGGCUGGUGGGCCCCUUGGGCUCAUGCAGGCUGUCCUCGACCACACCAUUCCCUACCUACACACAAGGGAGGCCUUUGGCCAGAAGAUUGGGCACUUCCAGCUGAUGCAGGGGAAAAUGGCCGACAUGUACACCCGCCUCAUGGCCUGUAGGCAGUAUGUCUACAAUGUCGCCAAGGCCUGUGAUCAGGGCCACUGCACUGCCAAGGACUGCGCAGGGGUGAUUCUUUACUCAGCUGAGUGCGCCACCCAGGUUGCCCUGGACGGCAUUCAGUGCUUCGGUGCCAACGGCUACAUCAACGACUUUCCCAUGGGCCGCUUUCUACGAGAUGCCAAGCUGUAUGAGAUUGGGGCUGGGACCAGUGAGGUGAGACGGUUGAUCAUUGGCAGAGCCUUCAAUGCAGACUUCCACUAAGCCCAAGAUCCUUCACCCCCUUUCUCAGCACCAAGAGGCCUUUCUUUGGACAUAGAGAUAUGGCAGCUCUCCUGCUGCUUGGCAGCAUUCACAUCAGCCCUUGGCCUCUGCGUGAGGUCUCUACCGUGGCUGACAAGUGCUGUGGGCCUCAGAACCUGGCCCCCAGGAUGCCACAAGUUGAAGGCAGACAUGGGGGGGUGGGGAGCAGCAUUUCUAGUUAUACCUUCCGGUCUGAAGAAGCUGGAGGACGUUAAUGAGGGUUGUGGUGGGUGGAGGGCCUUCCUGGAAAGUGGCUUAAAAUGGACUCAGCAGGAAGCAUACUGGCUGUUCUGGGGCGUCUGGGAAGGCAAGAAGCCACCCCUUUUUUGGAGGAGGAGGGGGGCUAUGCCUCUGGCAGAGAGCCCAGUACCCUAGAGGCAUUGCCCCUCUACAUGUAUUUGAACAUGGCAGCUUCGUCUUUCUAGGGAAAAAAACAAACAAACAAAACCCAAACCUAGCCUUUGUUUCUGCUGAUUUCUAGAGGCAUCAGCUCCCGAUAGCUGGUGAGCAGGUACCCUCUCAGCCACCGCUAGCGGUUCCUCCGGGCCCCUCCAGGGCUUUAUUCGUUAGGGCUGAAACCCCAAGGUGUUGGGGUGGAGCUCCAGGAAGAGGCAGCUCAGAGCACCUGGGCCACCCAGACUCCACGAUGUGGCAGAGAUCGGCAUGCUUGUGAGGGAUCAGCUGCGCGCCAGCCUCCAUGGCAGCACCUCUGAGCCCUUCAGCCCUGCCUGGCCACCGCCACCAUCCAGUCCUGGCCGGAUGACAGCCUACAGCUGACCAGGCAGCAGGCCUGGCUGGCAGCACAACUCCAGCCAAGGCCACCUGUGUACAUUUCUCUGGAUGCCCUAUGGCUAGUUUUGUUACAACAGCUCCGCGGCUGCUGCCAUUUUGUAUUAAGUGUUAGGAAGCAAACCCAUCUGCUUCUAAACUGGUGUUUCUGGCAGGGGGUGGGGAGCAAUCUAUUGCUACUGCCUCCUGUCCAGCGCUAGCCCUGUGGCCUUGGAGGAUAACUAGUCCAGGUCCUACUCUGCCAUCUCACCUACUCAUUGGUGAUGCGUGACAAAGAGAUGGUAUCUGCCUUGAGGACAGAAGAGGUUUCAGCCUCCCUUCCCCAGAUCUCCCAGUGGUUUUUAAAGGAAGAAGGGAGUCCAGAAAGGUAAGAGUCUUAGAGGUAGAAGGAAGCUUAUACAUUUCUGGACACCAUCCCCAUGGUUUUAGAAGACUAAGACAGGGGCAUCGCCUGGGUGGUUCAGUUGGUUAAGCUUCUGAUUUUUGGUUUUGGC